AUGGAGACUUCAGGAUCACUUCAGGACCACAGUCGAGUCCACGGAGAAUCAGAAGAUCUAGACCAUGGAGAGACGGAUUUCCACAAGGAAGACCAGGAGGCUGAGCUCUAUUCUCAAGAACAAGAUGAGAGAGGCAAGUCUUCCUCCUCUUCAUCCUCCUCCUCAGAUGCUGAGCAUGGGGAGCCUGACGUUUUGAAGGAUGAGCUUCAACUCUAUGAAGGUGCCCCCGGGGAGAUGGUGCCGUCUGAAGAAUCAGGACUCCGAAGGAGAGGCUCUAACCCAGAGAGUGGAGAAGUGGAGCCCUCUCAGUUAAGAAGACUAAAUAUAAAGAAGGAUGAUGAGUUUUUCCAUUUCAUCCUCCUCUGCUUUGCCAUUGGGGCCUUGCUGGUGUGUUAUCACUAUUAUACAGACUGGUUCAUGUCCCUUGGGGUCGGGCUGCUCACCUUCGCCUCCUUGGAGACCGUUGGCAUCUACUUUGGCCUGGUGUACCGGAUCCACAGCGUCCUGCAUGGCUUCAUUCCCUUCUUUCAGAAGUUUAGGCUGAUAGGCUUCAGGAAGACCGACUGAGGCCAGUGCCAGGUGGGCAGCCAGGCCAGGCCCCGGUGUGACCACCACUGCAUCCUUUCAGCCCACGAGGACAGAGAAGCGUCCUGGGAGACACGCGGGCGGGCCAAGCUAGAGCAAUAAAGAGAGCGCUUUGCCUUC